AAGGUGUCCCGUCCUCCCAUCCUACUAUAUAUUUAUUUAAUAGAUUUUCUGGUAUAAAUUUAAAGUGAAACUGCAGUUAUGUCUGGUAUGGUUACAAAAGUAGAGAUACGAGUCUCGUGCGCUGGGUUGGUAAGCCGAGAUGCAUUAUCUGCUUCUGAUCCGGUGGUUGUACUUCGUAUGAGAGAACCAAAUGGAAAAUAUCACGAGAUCGGUCGAACAGAAAAGGUGAAAAACAACAAUUCCCCAGUGUUCGCGAACAGUAUUGAAUUAGACUACAGAUUCGAAGAGGUUCAACAUCUUAAGUUUAAAGUUGUUGAUAUUGAUAAUGAUUCGGCAACACUGGACGAUGAUGAUGGCCUCGGGUCAGUGGAACUAACAUUGGCUCAGAUUGUAUCCGCAAAGGAAUUAACGAAGAAGUUACGAAGGAAAUCCUCGGAAACAGAAGCAACAAUUACAAUUAAGGCUACAGAAAUAACAAACAUUAAUGAAGUAGAAUUUAACUUGAGAGGCGAAGGACUGGACAAAAAAGAUUUCCUUGGUAAAUCUGAUCCUUUUCUUGAAAUUUAUAGAGAAGAUGGGGAAGAUCAGUGGACAUUGGUUCACAAAACUGAGGUUGUUAAAGGAACAUUAAAUCCAGUGUGGAAUAAAUUCUCAAUUCGAGUCCAAACAUUAUGUAAUGGGAAUAUGGACGCUUCUAUUAAAUUCAGAUGUUUUGACUUCGAUAAGAACGGUGAGCAUGAUUUGAUCGGAGAGUUUUGUUGUUCAUUGAACGAUGUAAUCGACGUGAAACCUCAGCCGUGUCUUGCUCUCGUUAAUCACAAGAAAAAAGCGAAGAAGAAAGAUUACAAGAAAUCUGGAAGAGUCACAUUUGCUCGGUGUAAAGUUGUGAAAAAAUAUUCCUUUCUUGAUUAUGUGUUUGGUGGUUGCCAUAUUAACUUCACUUGCGGGAUCGAUUUCACUGGGUCUAAUGGGGAUCCAAGGAGAAAAGAUUCACUUCAUUAUCUGGAAGGGAUUCACCCAAAUGAAUACGCCCAAGCAAUUCUUUCAAUUGGUCGUGUUAUACAGGAUUAUGACACAGACCAAUUGUACCCAGCUUUUGGAUUUGGGGCAAAGAUUCCGCCAAACAAUGAAGUUUCUCACGAAUUUCCUCUUAACUUCCAACCACAGAACCCUUACUGCCAAGGUGUUGAAGGGUUGAUGGCAGCUUACCACAACGCGAUACGAAACGUGCGUUUGUGGGGACCAACCAAUGUCGCUCCAAUAAUAAACCAUGUUGCAAGAUUUGCAUUCGAAACACAACUGAACCCUAAAGCUACGCAAUACUUCGUCCUCUUGCUUAUCACUGAUGGUGAGAUCACGGACAUGGAGCAAACAUCACACGCGAUCGUUCGAGCCUCCAACCUCCCGCUGUCAAUCAUCAUCAUCGGAGUUGGGAACGCUGACUUCACAGCGAUGGAAUUUCUGGACGGGGAUCAAGGGGUGCUCGCAUCACUCGUGGAUGGGACCAAGGCAGCCAGGGAUAUCGUGCAGUUUGUUCCGUUCAGGAAAUUUAAAUUGUCAUCUGCUGGUGCCUUGUCGAGUACUGUGUUGGGGGAAAUCCCUCGGCAAGUCACAGAAUAUUUCUCGAUUCGAAAUAUGCCACCCGGUGUUGAAGGUAACAAUGAACCAGUUCAACCAUCGUCAGAUACCCGAGAAGCUGUUGAACCAUCGUCAUAGUUAUGUCAUAAUACUUGCACUAUUCCAUUAUAGUAAUAUUGUUAUAUAAACUAUUAAACCCGCGUGUAUGGUAGGGUGGGGGAAGAUGGGACACCUAUAGCACACAAUAUCCAAAUUUCCUGAUUGUGUUUUAAAGAAUUAACAACGGUUUAUGGGAGUUGUGAAGAUACGGUUUCAUAAUUCUUUGAAUUUUCUUUGUUUACUACUAAAUGGGACAAGAAAAUAGAAUGAACAAGUGUCCCAUAUUCCCCGACCCUACUAUAUUUAAUGCUUGUUUCUAUGAAAACUUCUGUUUCAAUAAAAAAUCCCAUA